AUGGGAACCGACAACAAUUUAGGCGUAGGAGACCUUGUAACAAUCAAGGACGAGGCAAUGAGGGAUUUCAUUCGUAAUGAACUAGUGAUGGAAGUGACGAUUGGGCAAACAACAUGGCUUGGUCUAGGAGACGAGGAGUCUGAAGGCGUCUGGAAAUGGGUAGACGGCACUCCAUAUGGCUACAGCGACUGGGCCGAGGUGAACGGCGUCCAGCAGCCAGCUGGCGGGGUUACAGAAAAUUGCGUCGCGAUGGACUACACGAGUUUUCCUAAUCACAGGGGCAGAUAUGAUGACCGAAACUGCAUGGAAGAGCUUUGGUCCAUCUGUCAGUUUGCUGCAAAUUUAUAA